GUAACUGUGAGCAAAAUGCAUAUGCAAUUACUUGGUAGUUUCAUUUGAUAAAUUUGUUUUAGUUUUACUGGUUCAUAUAGAAGCAGUUUUUCGUCUGCAAAGCGAUUUUUAUUCCUCUGUUUUUUCAUCACAAAACAGGAAAACAUUCAUGAAUUACAUGUGCGUUCAAAUUUGAUUGCAAAAACAGCAUCUAAUUCUAACACAAGCAUUGUGGUUUUUCUUACUAAACUAAAAAACUGUUUUAAAAACCAGAAAAUUUGCCUCAGAAACUAAAUGAUGCCGCGCAAAUCAUUUCUCGCCGCAACGGCACUGGCGCUCUUUGUUGUCAGUUGCACACUCUCCCUUUCUGCCCAUUCUACUUAUGGUUACAGAUGGUCGGAUGUACCCGGAUAUGAAGGCAUUGACAUCCAUGGUGGUAUUUGGAAAUAUUGCUUCCAGGGAGAAUGCAAGUCUUACAAAGAUGAAGAUAUCACAAAUAUCCCCAGCACAAUCAAAGCUGCAAGAGUGUGCAUAAUCGCAGAUCAUGUGUCUUGUAUCCCACUGGGAAUACUUCUGAUAAUGAUCCUGUUGCCGGUCAAAGAUGACAAAGGAGCUCUCAUCAUUGCAGCACUUUUGUGCGCUUUUCUGCACCAGACAUUCAUUCUUCUGACGAGCGUUUGCAUGACAACCGACUUCAAGAGAGUCGAAAGACAACAAGUAGGUUGGGGGUCUGGCCUCACUUGGUUAUCCUGGUUUCUCUCUUUCGCUCUCUUGGCUGAUCUCUUUAUCCUCUCUCUGAGUUUCCAAGGCAAGAAGACUCAACAGCCGCAAAUGGAUGACAAACCACAACUAAUUGUAAGCGAGCAGCCUCCCGGAUAUUCAUUAUUUGAGGAACAGUUGAAAACAAAUCACGCCGAUGACCAACGAGACAACCAUCACAAAAUGCGCCUUAUAAUGAACUCUAAUUGCAAAGAGCAGACUCAAAAGACCAGUUUUUAAAUUCUUGAACUGUUUAUUGAAAGUCAGGAAUGGUUUUCACUGCGAAAACGGUUUGAUUUCUAAGGCUGUUUUCUCAAUUGAUAAAUUGGCUGGUGCUCUCAUUAUGCAUUGUCUUGAAAUCACAUCUUUGUGCACGCUGUAAAA